UCCGCGUCGUUCUCUUUCUCCCCUCUUUUCAAACACGAGCACAUAGUUCCUCUCUCCGUCUCUCGGUCUCUCUCCUCUCAAGCGCUCGAUUUCACCUCUCAAGCGCUCGAUUUCACCCCUCAUCUCUCUCCGAUCGAGUGAUUCGAGCCCUAGUUCCUAUCAAUCAACAGGAGAAUGAGAAUCAAAUCUUCAACUUGUGGAGGCAACGAUUAGGGUUUGAGUCUAGUUCGAGCGUCUCUCCUGUUCAAAUCCAGGCCUUUGAUCGAGCAAUUUCAACGUUCAGGUCUUCAAUCGAACAUCACUGGAUUUUGAGUGGUUGCUUUGGCAUGGCGUUCUCCUUCGGUACGAACUCAGGCCCCUCGGGCCCUGCCAAAGCAUCGUUCGGAGAGCCCGCCUCUUGUUUCCCUCCUCCUCCACGGCCAAACCCUAACCCUAGUUCUCAUAACGAGAUCCCGUUUUCUGCCGCUCAGCUGCCGGUUCAAAAGCAGCAGACGACGCCGAGACCACAAAGGCCUGCUAUGUACUGUAGUUGGGAUAAUCAGCCAAUUAAGAGUCCCCAAGGUUUAUCUCCUAUUGCAGUCAGUAGCAUUACAGGUGAUGGUGGGUCUAACAUCCCAACCUACCCUGGGAACGUCAAUUUUGCCAAAAGGACUAAGUCACCUCCUUUGCCAUCUCACGAGGAAGAUAUUCUGGGACUCUAUAGCCCUCCAGAUGCUAAUGCAAGACGGUCUGCUGUGCCUUCUAGUUGGGAGAAUCUGCCUAACCAACCUAGCUCUUCAUACGUUAGGAGUCCCCAAAGGUUGACUCCUGUUGCAGCUAGGAAGAAUGCACAUGAUACUGAGGCUAAUUUUUCAAUGAAACCUGACAGCUUCAAUUUCGCCAUAAGGACCAGGUCCCCUCCAUUGCCCACCCAUGAGGAUGAUAUUCUGGGGCUUUAUAAUCCUCCAAAUGUGAAUGCUAGGAGGUUAUCACCCCCUCCUAGUUUGAGCCGGCAGCCAGAAGGACAAGUUAGCCUUCCGUCUGCAAACAAUCAGAGGCUUUCUCCUGUUGCAGCUUAUGGGAAUGCACAUGGGGCUGUGGCUAAUUUUCGGACCUACCCUAUCGGUCUUCAUGUUGCCAAAAAAGCCAAGUCUCCUCCGUUGCCAUCUCAUGAGAACAAUUCUCUGGAGAUGAACAAUCACAGUAUUGGUAAUGAUAGAAGAAUCGAUGACCCUUCAAAGCGGACAGGACUUUCACCUGCAACAGGCAGUCAUUCUGUACAGAAUCUGGAAUUUUCUGAUGAUAUAACUCGGAGGCAUGAUGUAUCACCCCCAAGAAUGCGGAGUCGGAGGAGGUCUCCAGUCUCUGCUGCUGGUCCUUUUCAUCAGAUGGCUGAAGUUAUUGCAUCUGAUGCUGGAACUUCAUCGCCAGUGCACCCUGCCUAUCAUAAUCCUAUUAAACGGGCCAGGUCUCAUCCUUUAAAGUCAGCUGAUGUAAAUUCCACCUCAUCUUCUAUUCAGCUUGAUUCUGAGAGGGAAAUGCAAGCAAAGGCAAGGAGGUUGGCUCGUUUCAAUGUUGAAUUAAGCCAACCAUUGCAAACCCCAGAUGACAUUACAAAACGAAAAUUUUCAGGAAAUAAGCAUGAUAAAGCACCAUCGGAUGAACAUAAUAGUAAUUGUAGCCCUGCUAUAGAAGCUUGGGAUACCUCAGGUGCUGUAACUGAUUAUGAAGUCAUGGGGUCAUCUAAAGUUGUCGUUGGACAAUGCCGUGAUAUGUGUCCGGAACCAGAAAGAGAGGAGCGUGAGAGAAAAGGGGAUCUUGAUAAGUUUGAACGCUUGGAUGGAGAAAGAAACCAGACAACAAAAUUUCUUGCUGUUAAAAAGUAUAAUAGGACUGCUGAACGAGAAGCUGAAUUGAUAAGGCCUUUGCCAGUGUUGCGGCACACAGUUGAUUAUCUUCUUAACUUGCUGGAUCAACCUUAUGGCGAAAGUUUUUUGGGUAUCUACAACUUCUUGUGGGAUAGGAUGAGAGCAGUUAGGAUGGACCUCAGGAUGCAGCACAUUUUUAAUCGCGAGGCAAUUCUUAUGCUCGAGCAAAUGAUAAGACUCCACAUUAUUGCAAUGCAUGAACUGUGUGAGUACAAGAAAGGAGAAGGCUUCAUGGAGGGUUUUGAUGCUCAUCUCAACAUUGAACAGAUGAAUAAGACAUCUGUUGAAUUAUUUCAAAUAUAUGAAGAUUACAGGAAGAAGGGGAAGAGUGUUCCAACUGAGAAAGAGUUCCGGGGUUAUUAUGCUCUCCUCAAGUUAGAUAAGCACCCUGGCUACAAAGUAGAACCUGCAGAACUCUCACUUGAUCUUGCAAAGAUGACUCCUGAAAUGAGAUGCACGCCAGAAAUUUUAUUUGCUCGAAAUGUUGCAAGGAGCUGUAGGAUUGGAAAUUUUAUAGCAUUCUUUCGGCUUGCAAGAAAAGCAACUUACCUCCAAGCAUGCUUGAUGCAUGCUCACUUUGCAAAGUUGAGAACCCAGGCACUUGCUUCUCUGCACAGCGGACUCCAGAAUAACCAAGGAAUCCCUGUGUCACAUGUUGUAAAAUGGCUGGGCAUGGAGGGGGAGGAUAUAGAUAGUCUCCUUGAAUAUCAUGGUUUCUCGUUAAGGAGAUACAAAGAGCUGUAUAUGGUUAAAGAAGGUCCCUUCCUUAACAGUGAUGCAGAUUACCCAACAACAUGUUCGCGACUUGUCCAUCUUAAGAAGUCUAGAAGUAUUAUAGACGAUGUCAAAUCUGGUCCAGCUGUCUCAGAACCCAAUGAAGAUAGGAAAACGGAAUCUAUAACAGAGGUAUCUAGUCCAAAAAUAAACUCUUUGAAGAGGGAAGGUUGGACCAAUGGAGUCAAUAAAAAUAUGCUAGAACCUAAAGUGGAUUUAACUCCGAGGGUUGUCUCUGAACCUCAAUAUAUGUGUGAAGCGCCAUCACCGACUAUAUGGAAUCGAAAGGGUGAUAGUGAAGUUACAGACGUCUCUCCUGCCAUUUCAAAUGUAGAGACUGAUCGCGAAAUGGCAGAAGCCUCUUCUGUGAAGGCUACUUGUUUAUUUGAUGACAAUUCUGUUAUUGACCAAGAACAGCCUAUUGACAAGGAUGAGAUUGUAGAAUCUGUUGGCAUUGAUGAGAUUGUAGAAGUAAAUAUGGUUCAAGCUGAAAUACCUGUCAGCUCAAACUUAGAUCUCAUAGCUGCACAUUCAGUCCCUCACAUGGAUGUAGAGGAAAACCUGGAGAAUGAAGUAUCCAAGCUAGUACCUAACCGGGAAGAUGAAGCUUUCAGCCAAAAGCUGAAGUCGAUCUUAAGAAAAUGGAAAGAAAGAUCAUCUGUACUGAGAAAAAUUCGGGAGCAGAGAGAGUUCCUGGCAGAUGUUGCAUUAAGUUCGUUAACUAUAGGACCACCUGUCAGACAACAAAUAUCAGGGGAGCAGGCUCAUGCUGCUGAGCAGCUAAAUAUGGAUCAUGUUACAAUAGAGAGAUCCAAAAAACUGAGGAAUUUACAGGAAAGGCUGAAUGUUGCAGAAUUGGUUUCACCUAUCCUUUGUAGAAAAAACCCUGAUUCCAAAUGCAUAAUAUGGAAGCUUGUUGUCCAGACAAACGACACAGGAAGCCAAACCUAUAAUUUGGCUUUGAAAUGGUUGAGCUCGAAGAUAAUGGGAUCUGAUAUGAUAACAGGUGACAACUUGUUAGUUUCGCAGCCAGGUUUAUCAAUAUGGAAGAAAUGGACUCACACCCAAAGUAGUCUAUCUCAAGUUUGUUGUUUAUCUAUCCUUGGAUUAGCUGACAAUCAUCAUGUUUGUGAAGACGGUCUACUAGCUGGUUUGAGCUGUUUACUAUUUCUAGCAUCAGGAAGUAUUUCAUGGGAUAUCCAAAGUGUUCAGCUCCAAAAACUUUUGACGUCCAUACCUUCUGGAGCCAGCAUGCCUCUUCUGAUACUGUGUCCCGAUUCAUAUGAGGAAAACAGCAUCAAUCCUUCAGUUGCUAUGAUCAACAGACUUGGCCUUGACAAGGCAGACAGAACAAAGAUAAGCUCCUUGUCUACUAUCUUUCUUCAUAGUAGAAGCCAAUCAGAGUACCCCAACAUUCUCUUUGAUGAUGCUCGGUUGAAAGAAGGUCUUCAAUGGUUGGCUGAUCACUCACCUCCUCAACCUGUACUUCAAUUGGUUAACACCCGCGAAUUAGCCCUCAGAUACUUGAGACAGUCAAUUGCUAAACUUGAUAACACAAAAGGUGCUGAUAUAGGUCCAAAUGACUGCAUCUUGGCAUUCAAUGAAGCCUUGGAUUGCUCGGCAAAAGAAAUCAUUGCUGCAGCUUCUACAAAUCCAAACAAUUGGCCGAGUCCUGAAAUCAACCUACUCAAGAAAUCAAAUGAUGAACGGCUAGCAACAGAAACGUAUUUACCUUGCAUAGGUUGGAGCUCACCUGAAAGGAUCGAGCCAAUUAUCAACACUAUAAAUGCCUGUAAACUUCCUAGCUGGGCCAGUGAAAUGUCUUGGCUGAACCAAGGUUCUUCCUCAGUCAAGGAGCUUCAGAACCAGAAAUUGGCUACUGAAGAAAUCAUAAUAAACUACCUAACAGAGUCAACUCGAUUACUGAAUUACGACUUAGCUGUGAAAGAGGCGAGAGUCAUGCUACAAAAGGGUGCGGGUCUUGAGCGCCGAGGCUCAUACCAUUAUAUUGUUCUGAGAUGGGUUGAGAUCUUCAGACGAAUUUACAAUUGGCAGUUAAUGAAAUUCAAAGGAAACAAAUACUCGGAAGCCUAUGUUUUGGCCCAUGAGGAUGAAAGCGAUACAGAAAGUCAGCAACCCCUGCAUUCUGUUAGAACCGACAUUUCUCUUGAUGAAUUGAUGGACAUAAGUUUUGACAGUCCGUCCACAGAUAAGCCAAUAUCAGUGUUCAAGCCGUCUCCAGAGAUAUUUUAUGGUGGUAGCUUGAUUUCUGAGACUAAUAUUAUUUGUAAUGGUGAAGGAGAGGAUCAUGAUAGUGUGAAUAUUCCUUCUACAGUGUAUAGCAAUGAACUGAAGAUAUCACCUGGGUGUAGAGAGAGCAUUAGCAGGUUUAAUAAGGUGCUUGAGGAGUGCAUACGAUUGCAAGAUGGGAAUGCUAGAGGUCUUUUUCCGUAUUUUGAAUGAUGUAGAAAUUUGAUGUACAUUUUCAUUUAAACGGGAGUUUACUUGUUGUAAGUUAGCUUCCUUUACUACUAAUUUUUUUUUGGAAUGAGAUGCUUUUGCUUUAUG